UUAUCAAUUGAUCAUGAAGCUUUAUCAUUGUGUAAGAAUGUACUGUCGGGGUUUUUCAUGAUACCCGGUGAUUAUCUUUUUUUCUUUAUUUUUUAUAAAAACAACUUUGACGUUGGAAUCCCCAGCCAAUCAUAAUCGUUGGUUCGUUCAUGACGGGGGUAGGCUAUGGGAUUGGUGAUAUUAUUUGGAAAACAUUGUUUUUCAUCUGGAAGGCCGGCUGUUCUGAAAAGGUUGCGACGGGGGUAAAUAAAACCGAAGCACGAGUUCGCUAUAGACAUUCAUUAGGCACACUCCAUACAAACGAAUUUUCAGCGACUUCUAAUAACGGCUCUCUGUGAAUUUCUUGCGGGGUGGUCAGACACACCGGUCACACACCAUGGACAGUGGGAUAGCGUUAGAUCUACUUUGGAUUUCGGCCACCAUUAAUCUAAGCACGGCUCUGUUCUUUGCCGGGCGGGCUGUUGCUGGCUGGUUGACCGGUCAGUUUGCUGAUCGUUCUGGACAUUGGAGGAAAUCACUCUUCGUUCUUCAAGAUGAGAAACCAUGGUUUAUUCCCAGAUUAAUUGUAAUCGUAGUCCAGUCUGCAGUUCUAUGCCUAGCUGGAUUUUCCCUCCUACUGCAAGGCGAUGCGAUCGCUCAACCAUUCCACGGACUCGGCACUUCGGGCAGGACCUGCUUCGCUAUAAACAUCGGCUGUUACAUGUACCUUCUCAUACAAGACGCCAUCUUGCAGCGCCACCUUCCGAAUUACUACAUCACAUUCGUUCACCAUUUGGUAGCAGCCGUCGUGUACCUCGUCUUCUUGGAGUACAGACAGAACGUACUCGGCGGUGCAGUCGGGCUGCUCUUCGCGGGUGCUACGCCGUUUUUCGAAAUGUUGGAUUUUCUGAAAGUGCUCCACGUGGAAGAGCACCACAUAGCUUACGGGUGUAGUUUUGCCGUGAGCGGGUUUACAGCUCUUGUCUUCAGACUUCUACUACCGCUGGGUUUCAUAAUCUAUUCCUAUACCAUCACAUCCCCAUUCAAUAUGGACAUUCUUGUCAUAGCCUGUUAUUUCCUGAACAUCGUCUUCUUCGGGAUGCUGAACAUGUGGUUUGUCUACUGCGCGGGAAAGUCGCUCCAGGCGAGCUACCGUGCCCGUAAGGUGUGGGUCUACUUGAAACCUCUACAGGCGGGGAAACCACACGGACUCGAGCUCGGACAAAAACAGAGUCUUAACCAUCAGCAUCUGAGCUUCACGGCCACACGGAAUGAUCUCAGUUUAUUGGUUCCCUGUUCGAAUACCAACCUCGCCCCGACCAAUCUGCAGAACACGGAGGCGAACGUCGUCACAAAGGACUACCAGAAAAUCAACAUCACGGAAUUUCUAAACAGGUUGGACACGAGUAAAUCUGUUGCGACCGCGGACGAAACAAACCCAUCCUCUACAACAAGUUUGGAGUCUGUAACGUACGUGUCGUGUCCGGAAAACCUAGUACCGGCUCAAACACCCGCAACCAACCUCUAAACUAUUAUUUUGAGCGGGGGAAUUUUAUCAAAAGAAAACAGUAAAAGCCAUGCGGCGAAUAAAGACACAUUCAGAUCCUCUAUAAGCGUGUCAUGGUGUAGCGGUUAAGGCGGAUUCAGAGUCCGGUGUUUCUGAUCAGCAGAGUGUUGGUUCGAGUCCCAGUCGUGACACAUGUGUCCUUAUGCAAAACACCUAACCACGUACAUGUACAGGACACAAUUGGCUCCCUCACUGUGUGUUUUUUCCCCCGACGCGACGGCUCACAGAAGAUGAAAAAUGCAUACAGUUACAAUUUGUUUUUUUCAGAGAAACAUUUCCGCCUGAAAUUCUGUCGGAGUUGAAAAACAAGUUUUAUACAAACAACGAUUCCAAUAGGAAAUGUUUUACUUUGGUUUAAUGUAAACCAUUUAUUUUUCUUUCUUUUGUUUCCCAAAAAAUUUGUUUUUGUUUUAAUAUAAAAUCACAAUAUAAUCGUGGCACAUCAUAUAUAUUUUUUCAACAAACAAAUAAAAACAUAUGGCUUGCAUAAUUAUGACGUCAACCAUUGUCAACAGUGCCUUCACACAAAACGUAGGCCCAAUUUCACAAAGCCUGUAACCAUGAAAACUUGCUUAGCACUCGCACAUCUUGAUCACCAUAACCUGAUUACCAGCCAAAAUUCGCGAUAAAAAGCAACGUUUUGCUAAGCAGUAUUUUCUUGGGGCCCCGUUCAAAUCAUUACAUCAUUGAGUGGAUACAAACAAUUAUGUUUUAUCCCAGUGCAAAUUAAACAUCUGUAUUAAAAUAAACAAGAAUGCGUGUAAAUAUUUCCUAUCAAAACUUGAUGUCAGGUCGUUGGAACUUUCAAUCAAUGUUCCUUGCAGGGUUAAAGUAGCGUCUUUCUCUUAAGCUCGAUGAUGUAAAUUAUUCAUUAAAUUACUUAUUUAUUUUGUAUAAAUAAAUAAUUUUAGACUAUACCGUUUCAACAACUUCAUGUAAACCAUAGACAACGAAAGAGUACUUCUUGGAAUUAUCAAAUGUAUAUCUUUAUUUAUAAAAAACAACUCAAUUGUUAAAACUUAACCAGUAAUGAUCCAGUAAUCUAAGGGAAUUAUUUAGGCUUACUUCUGAAAUACUGUCAAAGUAAUUUCAAACAAAUAAAUAAUUUGAGGGAAGUUUGUGUACCCUGAACACCUAUAUCAAGUACAUGUAAGUUAAAUGGAAAGUACACCUUUGGUAAUAGACCCUUCCCAUGAAAAUAUGUAAAUUGCAUAU